AUGCUGCAAGAGAAGAGUGUGGCUGAGAGUGAUGAGAGCUUUACAGCAGCUCAAGUAGACGGACACCAGGAGCACAAUGUGCAGUCUCCAGGGCAUGGAGCUCCAGGAGCAAGCAGCAUGUCUCCAGGCAGCCCACAGGGACAGGACCCCGACCAGAGCAUAGAGAACAUCAAGGUUUAUCUCCAUGAGAAGGAACUUUGGAAGAAAUUUCAUGAAGCUGGUACAGAAAUGAUCAUCACAAAGGCUGGCAGGCGGAUGUUUCCAAGUUACAAGGUGAAAGUUACAGGGAUGAAUCCCAAAACAAAGUACAUUCUGCUGAUUGACAUUGUGCCUGCCGAUGACCAUCGUUAUAAGUUCUGUGAUAACAAGUGGAUGGUGGCUGGAAAAGCAGAGCCUGCCAUGCCCGGAAGGUUGUAUGUACACCCGGAUUCGCCAGCAACGGGAGCACACUGGAUGCGGCAACUCGUCUCUUUUCAGAAGCUGAAGCUGACCAACAAUCACCUGGAUCCAUUUGGACACAUUAUUUUGAAUUCUAUGCACAAAUACCAACCAAGACUCCACAUCGUAAAAGCAGAUGAAAAUAAUGCAUUUGGUUCAAAAAACACUGCCUUUUCCACCCAUGUAUUCACAGAGACGACAUUCAUUUCAGUCACAUCAUAUCAGAAUCACAAGAUUACCCAGCUAAAAAUUGAAAACAACCCAUUUGCCAAAGGAUUCAGAGGGGGAGAUGACAGUGACCUGCGCGUAUCUCGUUUACAGAGCAAAGAAUAUCCAAUGAUUUCAAAAAGCAUUGUUAGGCAAAGACUCAUUUCUAACCAUGGUCAGUUGACACCGAAAAUGGAAGCCAGCACACAUCACGGGACGCAGGGUCACCAACACUACCCGUACGACAACAACGGACCCAUUCAGUUAACUGCAUCGGGCACUCAGGAUCUGGCACUCAGCCCCUUUGCAGCACAGAGAGAUUCGGGGCUAAUCUAUCACUGUUUUAAACCAAGAGAAGCCCAUGGUCAUCCAGAGUUGACCUGUAAACGGCCUUUUCUAGAAGCCCCUGCUUCUAUUGCCGAAGAACACUACUUUCGUCCACCACCAUAUGACCAACAGGUGAUGAGCCCAUCCUAUCGGAACGAAGCAGAUCUAAGGGACGCCUGCAUGUUUUCCACCCCUGGAAGUGAGGUGCCUGGAGGUGCCGCCGCCGAGGAACAUCCUCCUCAAACAUUAAACUGCAACAUGUGGGCUUCCGUUCCACCGUAUGGUAAUUGCAGUGUUCAGACCAUGGAAACCGUUCCUUAUCAGCAUUUCUCAGCUCACUUCACCACCACAGCUAUGAUGCCUCACCUCUCCGCCAUCCCAGGACAGAGCUCACAGCCUCCCUGCGAUUCACAAUUCAGUGGUUAUCAUUCGCCACCUCAGCACCAGGUUCGGCAACGGGUACCCAUUUCUUCAUGUUCCCCACGAGACAGAAUUCCUCUCUCGCCACAUGAGAGGGUCCCACCUUCUCCUCACGCUCAAAACGCUCGGGAGUUCCUUUUCUCACAAAGCCUAUCUUUACCGAGAGAGCUACCGACCCAAUACCAUUCCGGUUUGGGGCCCGUGACAAAUUGGACAGACAGUUGA